UCAAUGCAGUUGGAAAACAUUUCAUUGGUUAAGUUAUGAAAUUCACUUCAAAGCGAAUGGUCGGUGGUGUGUUGGUCGUGUGAGAUCUUGGUGAACAAAACGAGUGGGAAUUUAAGCAAAAAAACCAAAAAAAAAAAAUACAAAUUAAUAAAAAUGCAAUAGAAAAAUUAUUUGUCAAAAAAUAAUGCAAUUGAAUUGAAAAAGAAAACAACAAUAAAUGCAACUAUCAGAGCAUGUGUUUCUCCAAAAAAAAAAAUCAAUGCGAGUUCAUUGUGAAAAGCUAAAAUAAAUAGAAACAACAAUAAAAAUAGAACAAGUGAAAAAAAAUCAUUUUUUUCAAUUGCAAUUCAAUUUAAAUGGUAAAUUCACAAAUGAGAAGUGCAGCUCAAUUGCAACAGAGUGAUUAACCGUGAGUGAGAGAGAGCGAGAGUGCAAGAGGUAAAGAGGCCGAGAGUGAGUUGUAGUCAUUCGUCAUUCAGUUUCAUUCAUUCAGUUAUUCAGUCAUUUGUUGUUGUUGCUGUUGCCGUUGCUGGUUCUCUCGCGUGUGUACAUUGUUCGUUUGUAACUCAAUGAGUUUGUGUCUUAAGUCUUUUGUUCUGCUUAAACGAAAACAUCUACGCAUCUGUGGCGGUUGUGCUUUGCGAAAUUGCAAAAACGAAAAGAAAAAUACAAAUAAGAAAAUAAAUAAAAACUGAGAAACAACGACAACAAAAACAACAACCACAGAAAACAUGAUAAAAUGCUGUAAUUUGGCAUUAAACGUGCUUUAGAAGACCUGCAGUAGUUUUGUUUUAUUUCGUUUCGUUUUGUUGUUGAAUGUGCGAUCUGUGUGCUGUCACACACAUUUACCGUGUUACGUAUAAAAUGUCAAUAGGCAGCUGCAGGGGAUUUUAGUGAGAUCAGCUGCAAGAGUGUGUAAAAAAAUCUAUUGUUCAACCCACGUUUUUCGGAUAGAACAACUAAAGAGAAGGGCAAACCCAUUGCUGCUUUUUGCGAAAGCAACAGAAAUUGGGAUUUAAAUAAUUUUUCAUAAAAACAUACCGCAUUCGUCUCUUGCUGUCUGUCACGGCUACGUUCCAGAACACAAAAUGUGUCAAUUUGUUAUGGCUCCUUUGGUGUUGGUUGCCAGCAGUUUCCUGGCCAUUGUUCUGGGUCAGACACUGGAUGCAUCAGUCUUGGUGAGAAGUGAAACGAGUAAUCUCACAUAUCCUGCCACAACUCCAACAACCUCAGCCAAAGUGGUGAGUCCCAAGGCCUUUUCAGCUGGAUUUGAUAUUGUCUCCUCCUCCACCGCUGUUUAUGGGGUGUCAUCUCCCUCACCAUUGCCCACGAAUCGCAAAAAUGCCAAAUUCUUUAAAAAGCCUUCAUCCACGAAGAGAAGGAAAGCCGUUGAUGUUUCAUCCAUACCCAUUGGAGAUGAUACCACGGAGUGGCGUUGCCCUAAUGUGACAGCAUCACGCAGCCUGGAAUGUGGCUGUGAUUUGCCGCACACUUUGAGAUGUAAUGGUGACCUACAUGGAUUAACGGUUUUAUCGGACAAUUUACGCUCCUCACCCUAUUCGGUGGCCCUGCUGGAUGUUUCCUUGCGAAAUGUCACCUUCUUGAGUGAUGCCCGCAUCUUUGACCAUGUUUCGCUGCGUUGCCUCAUCAUAUCAUCUGGUGAAAUAAAACGAGUACAUAAAUCCGCCUUUUUGGGUAUUGAAGGUCCCCUGCUGGCCCUUGGCUUGCCGGGAAAUGCUCUACUGGCAGUACCCUGGAGUUCUUUGUCAACUUUAGUGGAUUUAGAACGUUUGGAUUUAUCAAAUAAUAAAAUUAAAGCAUUAGGCACCUCGGAUUUGGCUGCCUUGGUUAAUUUGGAAUAUUUGGACAUGAGCAACAAUCAGUUGUCGUCAAUUUCACAGAGGACAUUUGCCAAUCUGCGCAGGCUGGAAGUCUUGAAAUUGGGUGGCAAUCGUUUGGGUGACUAUGCCUCGAGUCUAAAAGCCCUCAUGCAGUGUCACAAUUUGAGAGAUCUGGAUCUAAGUGCUAAUAACCUUAGCGGCAAUCUCUCAGCCAGCUCUAUACCGGUCCUCAAAAACCUAGCCAGUUUGAAUUUGAAUCGCAAUCUCAUCAAGAGUAUACAAAACAAAGCCCUCAUGAAUUUCUCACGAUUGACAACCCUGUCGCUGCAGCACAAUCAAAUCGAUGUUCUGCAAGAUCAUGCCUUCUAUGGGUUGGGUUCGUUGGAAACUUUGGACUUGAGUUACAAUGGCAUUGUGGCCAUAUCCAGUGCAUCGCUACAGCAUUUGACACGACUCAAGACAUUGGAUUUGACACAUAAUUUUUUGCGAGCCCUAACCUCGGAUCUUAUUAAACCUCUGCCAUCCCUGGUUGAGCUACGGCUAUCCGGCAAUGAUAUCUCAAUUGUGGCCAAACAUGCGCUGGAUGGUGCACGAGAAUUGAAAACUUUGGUAAUGGAAGAAAAUCCUUUGUCGUGUGAUUGCACCAUACGGGAAUUUGCCGAAUGGUUACAGGCGGCUAAACUGGUUUCUCAGGAUUUGCUGAAAAUCACUUGUGUUACACCACCCAAACUGGAGGGAGCCCCAUUGAUUCAGGUGCCCAUGGAAAUGUUGAGUUGUGGUGAUAUGGAAAAUCUUGAAGAGGAUAAUGCCAAUAUCAUUGAACAAUUGGAGGCAAUGGCCAAACAGAAUCAUUCCACAAAUCAUCACAUCAAGGAUUUGUCCGAAGAGAUCAUCCUCCAUGAAUUGCAUUUCUCCGCUGAUUAUGGCCUGAUUUUGACAUGGAUAAUCAAUUUGAGUAAAAAUGAUUACAUGUGCGAUGCAAUAUUUGUCUAUAAGGAAGAAAAUAUCAAUGAGAUUUUAAUCGAUAAUUCACCGAUCCACUGUGAAAGUAAAAUGAUUAAUGGCCAAAAUACGGUUAGCGUUAUUGUCCCAGAUAGCUCAUCAUUGGAUGUGGGAGAGAGCUAUCGCUUCUGUUUGGUGAUGGUGCAGGAACAUAACGAACAAUCCGAUCUCACGGUGGGUUGUUCAAACAUUACCCAAUUGCAAGUGAGUAACAGUGGGAUGUUGCCACAAAAUCGCCAAUUUGUAGCACGGCGACCCUAUGCCGAUCUCUCGAAAUUCGAUCGAUCAGCAACACCAGAUUUGGUUUUGGAACAAAGUAGCACCAAUGGCCUAAAUGUUGAUUACAGUAUUAAUUCACGAAAAUUCAAUACCCUGACUUCCAGUCAACAGCGUACCGGGGAGGGGGGACUGGAUGAUGGUCCCCAUACGACACAUGCCGAAAAUCCUUAUGAAUUUCUUAAUUCUUUGAAUAAAAGUUUCCUACCCGGUUUGGGUUUGGGAAUUUUGGUAACAUCGAUUAUGGUCUUGAUAUGGGCUGCAUCACGGCUACGACAAAAUGUUAAUCACAAUAAUAACAAUAACAACAACAUCAUGCAUGGUGAUAGGCGCUCAAGUUCACCCACGGCCACAACAUGUUAUGCGGCCUCAGAACAUUUGGCUCGUCUGGCGGAUACGGAAAAUGGUGGAACUAGAUAUUUAAAGCUCCAGGCCACCACUAGUCUAUAAAGAAAUAGAUGUGAAAAAUUUUCGGCAGUUACUUGUGGAAAGGCCCCAUUAACAUGGGCCUUUGUCCUUUAUGUGAUAGUACUUUCAUUGAUUUGAGGUACCCCUUAACAAUUAAUACUAAAACCAGAUACUUAAAUUAUGUUUAGUUUUAAAAUUAACAAAUAUUAUUAUUAUUAAUUUUUUGAAAUUCAAAUUAUUUAACAAAGAUUUUAACAUUAGGUCUUAAGCCAAAUAAUUGUUGUAAUUUGUAUUAUUUUAAUAAUAGUUGAAAGAAAUCUACUGAAUACUUUUAGGAAUGUAGUAUAUAAGAUUGUUUUUUUUUUUAAUUUUUGUUUUUUGUAUAAUUCAAAAUCACCUUAAAUCGGUCCUGUGCCAUAUGCUAAGAAAUAUUUUGUAAUUUAUUUGUUUAGUGAUUUAAUAAUUUUUUGUAAUUUUUUUAAAUAGUAACACACAUUUUUUCUACACUGACACACACACUAAUCAAUUAAACCGAUAACUCAUUAACACACUUACACCAACUCACUCACACACUUAUUCACUUUUUAGUUAUGAAAAUAAAUAUCA